CGUCAUUAACGUAUUUUUAUUAUCAUUAGCAUUUCAUCGAGUAAUUCUAACCUAAGAGUUUAGUUUACAUUUUUAAGUACGGUAAUUUUGUAAGAUAGUUGUGGAAAUAAGUAUGCCGAGUUGGAGUCAGGUUCAGUCACAAUUGCGACAUCCAACUAAUCCAGUAGUGUUUUUCGAUAUAUCUGUCGGUUCAAUUGAGAUUGGAAGGAUGGUUUUUGAAUUAUUUGCUGAUGUUGUACCCAAAACCAGUGAAAAUUUUCGUCAGUUUUGCUGUGGUGAAUUCAAGAAGGAUGGCGUGCCGUUAGGUUAUAAGGGUGCAAGUUUUCAUAGAGUUAUUAAGGAUUUUAUGAUACAAGGUGGUGAUUUUGUGAAUGGUGAUGGUACAGGAGUAACAAGUAUUUACGGAGGAGGAACCUUUGCAGAUGAAAACUUUCUUUUGAAGCAUGAUUGCCCAGGACUUCUUUCAAUGGCAAACAGUGGAAAAGACACGAACGGGUGUCAGUUUUUUAUAACUUGCGCAAAAUGUAAUUUUUUGGAUGGCAAACAUGUUGUAUUUGGAAAGGUUUUGGAUGGUUUACUUGUCAUGCGAAAAAUAGAAAAUGUUCCAACAGGGCCUAAUAAUAAACCUAAGAUACCUGUUACAAUUGUUCAGUGUGGUCAAAUGUAAGUGUGCAUGAAUAAAACUUUUAACCAGGUUACAAAAAA